CUGCCGAUGGCGCAGGCGCGUUGUUGAACUUCCAGCUCUGACUCCAGAGCUUCACUCAGUCCCGGCGGGCGGACUCCCGGAGUGGCCGGCGGGGACGCGCGCGGGAUUCGGGCGGGCGGGCCGGGUGGCGGCGGAGGAGCGGGAGGCGUGAUGGCUGAGGGCAGCGCUGUGUCCGACCCUCAGCACGCCGCGCGCCUGCUGCGGGCGCUCAGCUCGUUCCGGGAGGAGGCGCGUUUCUGCGACGCGCACCUGGUCCUCGACGGCGAGGAGAUCCCGGUGCAGAAGAACAUCCUGGCGGCGGCCAGCCCGUACAUCAGGACAAAGUUAAAUUAUAAUCCUCCGAAAGAUGAUGGAUCCACUUAUAAGAUUGAACUUGAAGGGAUAUCGGUAAUGGUGAUGAGAGAGAUCCUGGAUUACAUCUUCAGUGGACAGAUCAGGUUGAAUGAAGAUACGAUCCAAGAUGUCGUGCAGGCGGCUGACCUGCUGCUGCUGACGGACCUUAAAGCCCUGUGCUGUGAGUUCCUGGAGGGUUGCAUCGCAGCAGAGAACUGCAUCGGCAUCCGGGACUUCGCGCUGCACUACUGCCUGCACCACGUGCAUUACCUGGCCACCGAGUACCUGGAGACCCACUUCCGGGACGUCAGCAGCACAGAGGAGUUCCUGGAGCUGAGUCCACAGAAACUCAAAGAAGUGAUCUCUCUGGAGAAGCUCAAUGUUGGUAACGAACGCUACGUGUUCGAGGCUGUGAUUCGGUGGAUAGCGCACGAUGUAGAGAUGAGAAAGGUCCACAUGAAGGAUGUCAUGUCAGCGCUUUGGGUUUCAGGGCUGGAUUCCAGCUACCUGCGGGAGCAGAUGCUGAAUGAACCCUUGGUGCGAGAAAUUGUCAAAGAGUGUAGCAACAUCCCUCUCAGCCAGCCGCAGCAGGGGGAGGCCAUGCUGGCCAGCUUCAAGCCCAGGGGCUACUCAGAGUGCAUAGUGACCAUUGGAGGGGAGGAAAGAGUUUCACGGAAACCCACGGCGGCCAUGCGAUGUAUGUGUCCUCUCUACGACCCUAAUCGGCAGCUGUGGAUUGAACUGGCUCCUCUGAGCAUGCCCAGAAUUAACCAUGGAGUUCUUUCAGCAGAAGGAUUUCUGUUUGUGUUGGGGGGCCAAGACGAAAAUAAGCAGACACUGAGCUCGGGAGAGAAGUAUGACCCAGACGCCAACACGUGGACCGCGCUCCCACCCAUGAAUGAGGCAAGGCACAACUUUGGGAUCGUGGAGAUCGAUGGGAUGCUGUACAUUCUCGGAGGGGAGGAUGGUGACCGCGAGCUCAUCUCCAUGGAGUGUUAUGAUAUUUAUUCAAAAACCUGGACGAAGCAACCUGACUUGACCAUGGUUAGGAAGAUUGGCUGCUAUGCAGCUAUGAAGAAGAAAAUCUAUGCCAUGGGCGGAGGCUCAUAUGGAAAAUUGUUUGAGUCUGUGGAGUGUUACGACCCACGGACCCAGCAGUGGACUGCCAUAUGCCCGCUGAAAGAGAGGAGGUUUGGAGCAGUAGCCUGCGGGGUCGCCAUGGAGCUCUACGUGUUUGGAGGCGUCCGAAGCCGCGAGGACAUCCAGGGCAGUGAGAUGGUCACCUGCAAGUCCGAGUUCUAUCAUGACGAGUUUAAGAGGUGGAUCUACCUUAACGAUCAGAACCUGUGCAUCCCCGCCAGUUCCUCCUUUGUCUACGGAGCGGUCCCCAUAGGAGCCAGUAUUUAUGUUAUCGGAGACCUUGACACAGGUACCAACUACGACUAUGUGCGGGAGUUCAAGAGGAGCACGGGCACCUGGCACCACACGAAGCCACUCCUGCCAUCCGACCUUCGGCGCACAGGCUGUGCAGCCCUGCGCAUAGCCAACUGCAAGCUCUUCCGCCUUCAGCUGCAGCAAGGCUUGUUCCGCAUCCGGGUCCAUUCCCCUUGAAGAGGAAGAGGAGCCAACCGUGAGAUCCUGCCCCAAGCGCAUCCCACGCGUGCGGCUGGACGGCAGCAAGUGCAGAGAAGCGGCCCCAUCUGCUGUGUGCUGGGCUUCCGUAUGGUUACUCUUUGGUGGUUUUUUAAUGCUUAGGAGCUCAGGCUUCUGCCCCUGUCUGGAGACCGUGUACUGUUGAAAAACUACCUGGGAGGGAUCAGUUCCUCCAGCCCGAUGCGUCUGUAACCAAGGCUAGUGAAUGUCCUAGGAGGAGGGUGUGGGGGCUUGGUGUCAUGUGAAAUAUCAAAGUUAAAAUCCUAAGGUGCAUCUUCCCAGAAGGGAACUCUUAACCUGACUGACUGCUGCGUUCCAGUGUGUGUGGCUGUGGUCAACAAACAACAGAAUCCAUAUAUGCAAGCCAACAUCCCCAGCGUACAAGGUUGCCCUUGUUCUGCGUGUGUUCUGAGGGCUAGAAUGCCUGGCCCUGCCCAGUAAUCGAGGUUUGUGCAGUUAGGUCCCAUUUACCCUUAGUGCUCUGUCUUAAGACUCUUAAAAACUACAUUCUGAUGAAUUGAAACUAAGAUAAAACUCCUCUCUGGCAACAGUCUACCUUAGUAAAGAGUCAGUCACCUGAGGAGCUCCGGUCCGAAGCCUUUGUGUGAGCUUAAAGGAAUUGCUCACUGUGAAAGAUGCUGUGCCAGGCCAAGAGAGUUCUGGAGCGGUACUGAGACCGAUCGGAGGGAGCGCAGACACGCCAUUCUUCCCUCCCAUCUGGAAAAGCAGAACUGUUUUCUUCGCUCCGGGCUGCUAGUGCAGAGGAGGUUUUAGACAGAGUCGGGCAAAGGAGAGUUCCGCUUUGACUAAAAACAGUGAGACAUUUAAAAAAAAAAAAAAAGAAAGCUGUCCAGAUAAAGUGUAUAGGGAUCAAAAGGUCUGCAUCUGAUCUGUCUGAAAGCACACUCAGUCCUGUUUACUGCUGCUUAGAGCUAAGAGCUUGUCUUUGAAUGCAGGUGUGUGUAGAAUUGUGUCUUCAUAACAGGCCGCUCCCAAAGGUAGGAGCUUAGAUGGAUUUUGCUCCCAGUAAUGUUUGGCUGGUAGAAUAAACUACCUCAACUUAAUUUUAUUCUGUUCCCAUUAGUACCCUCCCUGCCCCCUUCCCCAUCACUUGCCCCACUUUCACCCUCCCGGUCACUUCCCCUUAGUAAAAAGAAUUCCUUAGUUAGUGGGAUUUUUCUCAUAAGAUGCUUUGUUUUCCAUUUAGAUUGUGGCACCUUGGGGUGAAAUGAGGCACUUGGCACACUGUUAUUUCAUAGUGUGCAAUAUCAAGUUUCUAGUCAACUUGAUAGAGUUCCUCAUUUCUGUUUCUUCAGAUUUCUUUCUCUUAGAGUAUGAGUGUAAAAGGCAACAUUGUAUCUUAGUGAUUGCUAAAUGUAUAAGUACAUCCUUUGGUUAUAUUGGAGAACAGGAAUCUCUUCUGGAAACUUCUUACGUGAGAUGUUUAUAUGCAAUUAAAGUGCAUAUAAGACAUCAACCCUCUUUUCCUAAAAGGGUGGCCUUCUCACACCUGCUGGGAGUCACCUGCACUAAGAAUUUGCUAAAAAGAGGCAGGUGGGGUAGGGUGUGAAGGGCAGGACCCAAAUCCCGACUGCCAUGGCCAGAAGCAACUUGGCAGGAGGUGGUCUAAGGUUUAUGCCUUUCUGUAGGCCAGGUGUGCACACAUUCAUGCCAUCCAGGGGAUGCGGUGUCAGUCCACACCAGGCUUGGGUUGUGACGGGUUUUGGCCAUGUGUCAUGUUGACACGUUUCCCCAUUGGGAAGCUUUCCAUCAAAGAAGUGACUGCAGAGAAACGCUUUCUGCUGUUGCAGAGAUGGUGGCUUCAGAGGUCAGAGGAGAGAAACUGCCGAACAGGGCAAGGUGACUGUGGUGAGCUGUCUGCACAGGGCAGAGCCAUGGCGGGCCAGAGCAGAGAGAAACUGCUAUCCAGGACAGCUGGGGUAAUGGCUCUGUUUUGGUUGAUUUUUGUUUGUUUGUUUUUAACUCCUAAAAUUUAAAAUUCUUCUCAGUCUGCUUCAGGACUCUCCAAGGAGACAGUUCCUUGUUUAGAGUGACAAGUGUAGGUGGUGUCGCCAGCGCCUGGUGACUUGGUCAGUUCACUUUAAAAAAACAAAAAAAAAAACACAAACAAAAAACAAAACAGGUGUUCAGUUCAGUUUAUUGACACAAUAGCUACAGAAAUUAAUGUUUUGUAAAAUAAAUCUGCAACUUGAUAUGGGAUGCAAUAUCAACAAAAGCUGCUAAGUGCCAAACUAUUAUUUUGUAUGUGUGCAUAUGUGUAUGUGCGUGCGUGCAUGCAUGCGUGUGUGUGUGUGUGUGUGUGUGUGUGUGUGUGUGAAACUAUCUUGUUGAAGAGUAGGGCUGUAUUUAAUUUUAUUUCAAUGUUUCAGAGUCAGUCAGACCUCUUCAUAACUCCUCUUCCAGCAUUGUGAAGUAGCUCGUAGCUCCUGCUGCGAAGGCUUCUUUCACUACCCGACUUGUGUCUCAGCGUCUGAAUGGUCCUUCCCUCCUCUGUAAGGCGCGUUGACCAGAUGCAUGCUGUUACAUUUGGCAACUGAGGCUAGACCUUAAAAUUUGAAAUGCAAACAUCUUCGGGGGAAGUGCAAUUUCCUUUUACUGGAAGGUUGUCUCUCAAACUCCAGCAGGCAGGGCAAGGCGCUCUCCUGAGCUGGGCGUGCUGCUUGCUUGCUUGCUUGCUUUUCUAACAUAUCAAACACAGAUUUUUCAAAGAUGUAAGUGUUUAAUUUGAAAUGAAGUUUGUUUGUUUGUUUGUUUUAAAUCUCAAGAGUGCUUGUGUCCUGUGAGAAGAAAAAGUAUGCAGGGUGAGCGAAUGUGUGUGUAUGUGCUGUGCCCCGUGACUUGAAAGUCUGUCUAUGUUUACUUUUGAAUUGUAGUCACAAGCUACAUGCACUACUGUCUCCUGGUGCUUCCGAUAGGCCCCUGAAUCCUUCGACCUUCGGUUACACACCGUGUCAAACACACGUUGUGUGUCACUGUGGAACUAUUCAUAGACAGUAGCCAGUUUUGCUAGGUUGCAUCUCUCUUCCUUUGUAGGAUUUUACAAAUGUAUUUAGCAGCUAGUGUUUGGUUCUGGACAGGGCCAGUCUAGGGCUGGGCACGACUGCUCGGAGGAGUCGUGGCUCUGGUUGGACUUUGCACACGAUCCAGCAACCAGAAGACCUGGGGGUGUUCUGUGUCUUGUCUGUGCUGGAGCAGGUGUUCUGUUCCAUCACUCUGAACACUGCUGCUGAGGUAUUCUGAUGUCCAUGAAUUCAAAGGUGUCAUUUUCUUCUUUAUGAGUGGGCAGAGGCCACCCCUAAGUGGGGGUGGGGGAUGGGGGGUGAAAGUCCUUGUUGCCGUGCCUCGAGUUUUGAAGGGCCACCAAUCAGUGUCUGGGGAAACAGCUAGCACCUCUUGAGGGCUCCACUUAGCAUCAGCCACCCAGUACACUACCCCAGGGGUCCCAGAAGUUCUCCAUGGAGUACAACAAGCCCUGCAGUGCUGUCUUCUAGAAGGCUGGCUUUCCUGACUGCGCAGCCCUCCUGUGGCCAGUAAAGACAUUAGAUGCUGUGGGAAGGAGUGAGGCUGCUUUCACUGUAUGCACCUAGAGGCCCAGGGCUGCCUGGGAAAUGCCCAGAGAAGGGAGAAGCAAAGCUUCUUUGUGACAGUGACUCCCCUUUGGCUGAGGAAGCCAGCGAUUGGUGGGGCACGACAGUGCCUGCCCUGCAUCAUGCAGCAGAUACUGAGCAACUCCCAAGAAUUGUGCUUGUGUUUCUGGGACCCUCACAAGGAAGCAGGUGGAACUCCGCCCUCCCUGUGUGGUUUAUGAAGUCACUGGAGCUUGAGUGAGGGCCCUACCUCUGUGACUUGCUCUGGGUGUGUGAGCAGGUACUGAGUCCCAGCACCCCAGCCUUCAUUGUAAGCCUCUGCACUAGGCAGAGAAUGUUCUCGUCAGUUCUGCUGGGUUUUAACUGAAAAGCUGUGUGCGUUGAUGGGCUGGCCUGUGAGGCAGGAGAAAUAAGACAGAAUCAGAAAUUCCAGGUGCCUCAUGUGCCAAGCACACGCCCAUGCCUUCGAGUGCUUCCGCGGGACGCACUGUUGACAGUGCGUUGAAGCCCUGUGCGCUAGCACGCACCUCAUGUCCACCAUGUUAGCAUUAGGUUGAUUCACGGCAUCUUAUAGGAGCUUAGAGUCGGCUCCAGAACUUUCUGCUUUGAUCCUUUCAUGUCUGAGGUGGGCGUGGAUGCUGUCCUCCUCCUCCUCCUCCAAGGGCUUUCAGAUGUGAGCAGCAGCCAAGUGCGGAAGCCAGACCUCUGGCUGCCCAAGGGUAGUCUAGCCAAUUCAACAGGAACUUGAUUUUUUUCUUGGCACACAGGUGUUUUUAUUUCUAAAAAGCAUGCAUCGCUCGUAGUAUAGUUUCAGCUUCUAGAACGGAGCCUUUCCAGCCAAAGAAACUGAACAACCUUUGCUUCUGCCCAUCAGUUAGCUGUUGGAAGGCUUGGACUUUACUGAGUAGUGUCUUCUGGAAACUACAUGGGGUUUGCUCAUAAAGACUAAAGCUAACACUUCACUGAAUUUUCCCCAUGCAGUCAGAGGCGAGGAAAACUGCCUUGGCACAUUGGGGGGUCUUUCUGCCUUUUGAAUUGUCCCCAAAGACUCCUUACAGCUCCAUUAGCUAUACACAUACAGUUAUGGGGCAGGCAGGCGAGCAGGCCCUUUGGCCCAGCGUGGAGAGGAACCUCUGCUCAGGAAGAGAUCUUACUCCUGCUGCCUAUAAAGCCGUGCGGAGCUGAACUGUAGGCUCAGCUACAUUUUUUUUUUUUGCAACUAUGAGUAGCUCUGCCUUCUGCCUGGUGAAUUCUGUUCCUUCUUUUUCUUUUAAGCAUUGUAGCACUGACGGUAGAUUUGGGGGCCCCACUCCAUCAUUCUUCCUCAUCAAACACGGAGAAGAUACACCUUAGACACUGGUGCUAAAUUUCUUCUAGUAGCACGAGAGAGGUCUCUGUUGCCUGCUGUAUGGCGUUUCCUGGUGAGUUGGAUGGGAGUUGCUUCCAUUCGUUCCCGUCCUUAGUGUCUGUGGUCAGUUACCUCACGAUGUAAAGUUGGACUUGGUUCCCUGACAGAUGAGAAGAAUUCAGGGUUCUGUCCUGUCACGAAAGCCUGGAAGCAACUAGUGAGUGGCCUGAGGAACUGCUUCCUCUAGGGCGUGUUUUCCAUCCCCACCCCCACCCCCUUUAUUAGGCACUUUAAACCUAGAGGAGCAGUAAUUCUUCUGGCGCUACUGCAAGGCGAUUACUUGAAACUCAUCUUGAACUUGAAAGAGUCAUUUAAAAGGCUGUGUUUUCCUGUAGCAGAAAAGUAGCACAUGCACACAGACUAGAGGCCUUUUUUCUGUCCCUGUUAGGAUCAGAGAAGAGCGAGUGCGUGUCUGCUUUGACACAGUUUGUAACCAAGGCCCCUGAGGCUGCUGUUAGGAUAUUUGAAAAGUGCUUUUGUUUCUUGGGAGUUUUUCUUUGACUGGCUCCUCACUUCAUUCUCUCCCCUUCAGUCCUGAUAGACCAGAUGUCAGAAUGAAGCAGAUGUGUUCCAGGUUCAAGACCAAGGUUGACCCAAAUUACCUCAAGUCACGGUCUGCUUAAAAUCAUGGCUGGUGUGAUUUGUCACACACAAUGGGAUGCUCCUACACUUCACCAUGCAUAUCAGUUCUCCACACCACCAAGUAACAGAUCCUCAAUGCCCCAGCCUCUGGUCCCCACCCCCCAUCCCCAAGUCAGGAUGAAGGAACUUGGCAGUUGGAGACCCUCUCCCAGGAGUUAGCUCUCACAGGAACGGCCAUUUCUCAGGUCACAGUUGGACCUGGCCUACUUAAAUGGCGCAGUUGAGUGAUCAUCAGAAGUCAAAAGAACCCUGUUCUCUUCCCAGGGCCCAACCUCAGCCUCCCCUCAGGGCCCUGCAAUUCCCUCAUAGGCCUCAGCUCCCCUCACAGGCCUGCAUGCUUAGACUAACUAGAGAACAUCACGCAAUAGCCAUUAAAUGUGGGUGCUGAUGCUCCUCACAGUUGGCCCAAAGAGUAGAAAAUUGCAAAGCCUUUCCUUGGGUGGCCAUAUAUGGCAGCGUCUGAGCCCAGCUGUGCUGGCAACAGGAGAUCAUGAUUUUGGUGAGCAGCCCCCAAGAAAACGAAUCCCCCCUUCCUGCUGUGGCCCCAGAUUCAUGGUUUCAGUUGUUCCUAGGAAGUCACCUGGGACUUGAACAGGUCCAGUUGUCAGGAACACAGGCUCUGGAGUUGGAAAACCCAGGGUUGCAGACUUGUGUCACCUGUCUUUCGGUCUCAAGACUCAGUUCGUCUUUGGAGGAAGGGCAGUGUAGGUUUUGACCUUUGUGAGCUCCCAAGAAAGGGUGACUGUGGAGUCUGGGCUGCUGUGUUACAUGUCAGGAUGACUGUGGAGUCUGGGCUGCUGUGUUACAUGUCAGGGUAACUGUGGAGUCUGGGCUGCUGUGUUACAUGUCAGGGUGACUGUGGAGUCUGGGCUGCUGUGUUACACGUCAGUAGCUCAGUAGCGGUGGCACCGCUGCCUCUUUGGUCAUGUCUACUCUCCACACAGACAGUGCUGUGAGACACUGGGCCAGCAGGGCACUGGGUGGAGCUGAGCAUCCCUGGCUCCUGUCCCUCCUGGCCCAGGGUCCACCACCACCUUAGAAAGCAGCUGACAUCUGUUUGUGCUUAAAAAAAUCCUUUCCCUUCUGGACACACCCCUCACGUGUGUAUCAGAAACACCCCCAAGACAUGUGCUUGAGUGUUGAGGAAUUACCAGCAAGCCAGGCGUAGUGGUGGGAGACAGAUGCAGGUGGAGCCCUGUGAGUUUGAGGCCAGCCUGGUCUUUAGCAAGCGCCAGGACAACUAGAACUACAUAGAGAAACCCCAUCUCAGAAAACAAAAACAGAAACAAAAGAACAUGGUCAGCACUCUCUUUUCUGAACUUGUCUAGCAGAGUCCUCUAGGGUCUUUAAAGUCCUUUACCAAGGUGCAACUUUUUUGUUUUCAUGAGAAUAUCAAAUUUGUCAUCUAGGUUAGCCAAGGAAACUGGGUGUUUUCUGUACUGAUGGUUGAGGCUUAGACUUCAUCUUCUUCUUUGACUUGGGUAUUGUAUCUGGAACCUACUGCCCUCUGUGCCCGUGUGCUGAGGCCAUGACCCAGCCUGGAGGGGUGUAGGCAGGUGUGCAGUGUGAACCCCAAGCAGCCCGGAGCCAGCUAGCCUCUCAGCAGGUGACCAGGUCUGGUGGUGGGCGUACAAAAGAGCAUUUCAGGCCAGUAGGCAGAAGGCAGAAUUUUAUUGUCUUGUUUAUUUAUUUUGUGCAUUUUUUCUCAAGUGUUUUGAGUGAAGGGCUUAAGCCUUCUGCCUCUGCUCUCAUCAGGUGGAAUGGCGUUGGGGUAACAGGGAGCCUUCUGUAGUUCUGACUGAUUGUGUCUGCCGACGCUCCCGGGCGGGGGGACCCUCGCGCUCAGGACAGUCUGUAUGGUGCUCUGCCCACAUCCAGAGCUCUCGCAAGCCAGGAGCUCUGGGGACUGUUUAUUUAGUAAAAAGGAGCCAUUCCAUGAGUCCUGUGAGGUGGUCCUGCGUCCCGUCCAGGCCUUGGCUCAUGCCGUCCACUGCUUUCCCUCAUUUUGGUCCCUUGACUAUGGCCACCGGCCACCGGCCACCAGGCAGUCCCUUCCCAGGGUGCCUCAUGGUCUGCCUUUCCCUAACAGUCCUUUAUUUCCAGAGAUUUCUUUAAGCCAUAAUGCCCACCAGAAGCAUCAUGUUUGGUUGGCACACCUUUUGUUUUGAGCUCCUUGCUGCCCACCCUACCUUAGGCUGGGAAGUGGCGCUCGCUCGUGUGCUCGCUCUGUCUCCCAGGCUGGGCUGGCUGCCCAGGAAGGUGCUUGGUGAGUUCGGCCAACCUCCCCUGCGAGUCAGCGUGGUUCUUUGUUACCUCUUGUGAAACAUUUCCCAGGAGCCCAUUCUUUUGUUCCUACCCUGUCUCUCCUCUGGUGAAUGCGUGCUGUAGAGCCCCUCAGCCCUCUGGUAACAGUGAGCCUGGUCCCUUCAACCCUGCCUGGAAAUGGGAAGGAGCUCUAUGGCCAUGGGAAAGCAGCCUCAGCUGGUGAGAGCCAGCUCCCAGCUCCCCUCCGCAUCCGCAUCCUCGCAUUCUCGGGGCACUGGGCUGUUUUCCUGCUGCUGGAAGUAGGCUGAGAACAGGGUCCUCCCCGCAGCCCUCCAAAGGGAGGGAUCUGGACCUGUUCAUCAGAGCAUCCUCAGCAUACACCGCUCAUUUUCAAGCCCCCCCGCCCCACCCUUCUCCCCACCUGGUUUUCUAGUUGCUUGAACUGUGUCAAACAGAAACAAGGAAAGGAGAGUCAGCCAAGUGGCUUAACAGAUAACGCUUGGUGGCCUGAGUUUAAUUCCCAGAACCCAUGAGGUAGAAAGAAAGGACUGAUUCCCACAAGUUGUCCUCUGGCACGCGCACAUACACACACACACACACACACACACACACACACACAUACACAUAUAUUAAUGAGUAAAUGUAAAAAGAAAAUUAAGCCAAGUGCUGGUGGCACAUGCCUGUAAUCCCAACACCCUGGAGGCAGAAGCAGGCAGAUCUCUGAGUUCGAGGAUAGCCUGAUCUACAGAGCCAGGACAGGCAGGGCUAUACAGAGAAGCUUUGACUCAAAAAAAACCAACAAAAGAAAAAAAACUAGAAAAAAGGAGAGAGCGGUAACUCCCGCUCCCCGGCCCCAGAGCCUGGGAGUGGCAGCCUGCCCAGACCGUGCCUUCUCAGCCUCUGACCAUGCCUUCGUGCUGGCGCUUCCCACCAGCCAUCCCUGGCAGCGAGAGAAACAUCCGCCUGCCAGUCCCAACAGCUUCUGGGUCAGCACCCAGCAUAGCCAAACCCAUCUCCAGCCUGGAGCAACUGGAGACUAGAACAGGAGUCUUCUGCCUUCUCUGAGGCCACCACAGGCUCUCUCAGAGUCAGGGGCCAGCACCAGGCCACACACACUACCUCAGCAUCUCGCCUCUGUCACAGCAUUGUGUGGUCGCAGAUUGUCCAUCAAGAUGUUCUCAGAGCCUGGUGGCCUCACAGAAGCUGGCUGGCACCCUCCCCCCUGCACUGGCCGCGCAAACCGCUGUGGGAUUCCUUCCUGCAUCCCAUGGCCGCUCCAGCGAGCAAGCCAGGCCUCCAUCUCCCGCCCUGUUCAGCUCUGCCGUAAAUACACCUCGAACCCCCAAACUGAGUACAGUCAGAAGUGGGACUAGCUUGUCUGCAGUGAGAAAGGGACCACGUUUUCAUAGUUUCAUCACAGGGGUCUUUGUUUCAAGGGAAACUCUAGAAACUACAUAUACAAUGCUGAUGACUGUCGUGAUGCCUAGAAUAACUCACAGAACUUGACUGUAGGCUUUGUAUAAACAACAAUAAUAAAGAACGUAGGGCUGGAGAGACCUCACAGCGCUCACGCGGAGGCUCACGGCUGCCGAUAACUCCAGCUCCAGGGGAUCUGAUGCUCUCCUUCUGACCCCCUCAAGCACGCACGCACGCACGCACAAAGAAAAGCAGGUAAAUAAUAGAUAACUUGGAAACUGGUACCCAGGGCAGAAGUAUCCUCAAACUUAAAAAAAUAACUAAGCCUUUACCCUCUCUGUCCUGCAACAACUUCUAGGUGGUACCGUAGGGUUCAGCUGUAUCAUUUAGAGGUCAUCCUAAUCCUUCGGGCCGAAGGACUUUAUGUUAGGCGCUAUACCAAGUGGCCUUCCGUGGAGAAAGAAGUCAGGCAUGGUGGUGACUACCUUUAAUCCCAGCGUUCUGAAGGAAGAGCCAGGCAGAUCUCUUGAGUCCAGGCUAGCCUGGUCUACAGAGCAAGUUCCAGGAUAGACAGAGCUACACAGAAACCCUGUCUCAAAAAAUAAAAUAAAAUAAAAGUAAAAUAAAAAGCUAACAACUAAUUAAAUAGGAAAGAAAGCACAAGCUGCCCAUUGCUUAACUGAGUAGCCUGUUAGUGACUUUUUCUGCUUGUGGGGUCCCGUGGGCUCCUCUCAUUCUGAACCCACUUGAGACCUAGCUUGCAUUUGUACCCUCCUUCCCGGGAACUUCCAGGUCAUCAAUGGCAUGUGGCGAUACUUCCUCUGACCAUGUUGUCCCAUUUGUAAAUUGUGACAACCACAAACAAAGAUGGUGACUUCAGUGGAAGUGCUGACUGCAUUUCACGGUGAGUCCCAUAGUUUGUGCCCAGCGCCGCCGGCCCCCCUUCCUUGCCCCUCCCCCAGCCUAGAGACUCCCCCGUAC